UGCAUAUAAAAUGAAGCGUUUGAGGGCCUUUGGGAGGCCAGAUAGGUUUUUCCGGACGCUUUUUCUUCAAAUUGUUAAGCUCUCGCUGAUAUAUUCGCUGCCAUGGCUCGCCGCUCAGGAGGUCGAUCUGCCCGCCCGGCUCCCCGUCAUGCACCUGCACGCAACCCUCCUCAGCCUGUUCGCCAAGCUCCUCCUCCAGCUCCAGCUCAGUCUGGAAGUGGUGGAUCUAUGCUUUCCGGAAUUGGAUCAACCAUAGCACAGGGUAUGGCUUUUGGUACUGGAAGUGCUGUGGCACACAGAGCUGUGGAUGCUGUGAUGGGUCCUCGCACUAUUCAACAUGAAACUGUAGUCUCUGAGGCCACUGCUGGUGCUCCAGUCCCCAUGGCUAGCAGCAUGGGUGGCUCAGAUGCAUGCAGUAAUCAGUCCAAGGCAUUCCAAGAUUGUGUCAACCACUUUGGAAGUGAUAUAAGCAAGUGCCAGUUCUACAUGGAUAUGCUGUCCGAGUGCAAGAAGAACUCCGGCAUGUUGAAUGCCUAAGCACACUACUUUCUUUGCCAUGAGAUGAAUUAUUACCCGAUUUAAACUCUGAACGUUUUAUUCAUUCCUGUGCCUGUCGUGAUGAUGAAUUAGUGGUCUAUUGUGGCGGAAGGAUUUAUAUAAAUCUUUGUAUGCAUGGUAGUACGUGCUGCGUUAAUUAGUACUUAUUUGAACUCGGUUUCUUGUUUCCGAGUAUUCAUCUUGGUAAAAUAAUGAUUUUUGGAGCUAUGCUGGUUUCCGUGUUA